CCGCUCUGUUCCCUGCUGGGCGGGGACGCAGAUGAGCCCAAGGCCGGAGCGAUUCCAGGAGGACUGCGGUCUGCAUCUGCACUGUCAGGUAGGUGGAUGUGAGACGCUGGAUCCUUAGUUCUCUGAAAGCCUCCCGUCGUCCUCGGCACCAUGCUGUCCCCUCAGCGGGCUUUACUCUGCAACCUCAAUCACAUCCAUCUCCAGCACGUCUCCCUAGGCCUGCACUUGUCGCGCCGUCCUGAACUACAAGAGGGGCCUCUGAGCACACCGCCGCCCCCGGGAGACACAGGGGGCAAGGAAAGCAGGGGGCCCUGCAGCGGGACCCUUGUCGACGCCAACUCCAACAGUCCAGCUGUGCCCUGCAGAUGCUGCCAGGAGCACGGGCCCAGUGUGGAGAACCAGCAGGACCCUUCCCAGGAGGAAGACGCCGCCUCGCCUUCAGAUCCAGGGUGCUCUUCCUCUCUCAGCUCCUGCUCAGACCUUAGCCCUGAUGAGUCCCCUGUGUCCGUCUACUCGCGAGACCUGCCUGGUAAUGGGGACGCCAACCCUCAGCCUAGCGCCUUCCCCUUGGAGCUGGCCUCUCCUCUGGCUCCAGCGGGCCCUGACACCUGCUCUCCAGACAGCUUCUGCUGCUCUCCUGAUUCUUGCUCUGGAAUAUCUUCUCCACCUGGACCUGACCUGGACUCGAACUGCAACGCCCUGACCACCUGCCAGGAUCUACCUUCCCCAGGCUUGGAGGAGGAGGAAGACAGUGGGGAACAGGAUCUUGCUACCUCGGAGCUCUCAGAGACCGAAGAUGGGAGAAUUGACGCAGGGAAAGCAGAGCCCAGUUGGAAAAUUAACCCUAUUUGGAAAAUCGACACAGAGAAAACUGAAGGUGGGUGGAAAACCAUCGAGGACAGUGAUUCUGGUCGGAAAACAGACGAAAAUACAAACUCGAGCUUGAAAACGGAAUCUGGGAAAUUGGCUUCUUGUUUGAACACCAAUUCUGGUUCGAAAAUAGAUGCAGGGGAAACUGAUGGGGGAUGGAGAGGUGACGUCAGCCAGGAGCCGGUGCCCCAUCGGACAAUCACGUCCUUCCAUGAGCUGGCCCAGAAGCGCAAGCGGGGUCCAGGGCUGCCCCUUGUGCCGCAGGCCAAGAAAGAUCGAAGCGACUGGCUAAUAGUCUUCUCGCCUGAUACUGAGCUCCCGCCGACUGGGUCCCUGGGAGGUUCUCUGGCACCCCCCCGAGAAGUCACCACCUUCAAGGAACUCCGGACGCGAAGCAGAGCCCAGCCGCCGCCAGUCCCGCCGCGGGACCCUCCGGCUGGGUGGGCUUUGGUCCCGCCUCGACCGCCUCCCCCUCCCGUCCCUCCGCGGAGGAAGAAGAAUCGACUUGGGCUGCAGCCUAUUGCAGAGGGGCUGUCGGAGGAGGGCAGGGCGGCCAGUCCCCCGGCUGGUGAGGAGGCACCCGCCCCGCGGGAGCCCGAGGAACCGCGCGCGCACGCCGUGGCCGGUCCCUCGCUAUUCCCUCGGCCCCCGGUUUUCCGGUUCUCGGCCGACGGGCGCCCCCUGUUGGAGGGUGGGGGCGCGGCCGCACCCGGGUCCCUGCUCUUUACGCCUCUGACCGGGUGGCCCAAUUCCCGGCUGCGGCUGCUGGGGGCAGCGAGUCCCCCGGAGGAGCAGCUCCUGCCUGUGCGCCUAUCCCCAGUGGGAGCGUAUUCUCCUCCCACUCGGGGGGCCUUGCCUUGCCUGGCCAGCCCCGAACUGGCACUGCUGCUAUCCCCGCUCUUUCCCAGAAGUAGCACCUUCCCCGCCGCGGCGUCCCCACCCCGCCAGGUUCCCGCCCCCCCGCUGCCAACACCACCGUGUCCGCCGACCGGCCCUCGCUGGACCAGAAGGCCACCACCUCCGCCCAGGCAACUGCGCAGUUCCUGGUCGUUUGCCGGUGUUCCUGGGGCCCAGCGGCUGUGGAUGGCAGAAGCCCAGAGUGGGACUGGCCAGCUGCAGGAGCAGAAGAAAGGUCUCCUGAUAGCUGUCAGCGCUUCAGUGGACAAAAUCAUCUCGCAUUUCGGGGCUGCUAGGAACUUGGUUCAGAAGGCUCAACUGGGGGAUAGCCGGCUGAGCCCGGAUGUGGGGCAUCUGGUAUUGACCACCCUCUGCCCGGCCCUCCAUGCUCUGGUGGCUGAUGGGCUGAAGCCAUUCCGGAAGGACCUCAUCACUGGACAGCGCAGGAGCAGCCCUUGGAGCGUGGUGGAGGCAUCUGUGAAACCUGGUUCCUGCACACAGUCCGUGGGAUCCCUGUACAGCCAGGUCAGCCGACUGGCCCCGCUGAGCAGCAGCCGCAGCCGCUUCCACGCUUUCAUCUUGGGCCUCCUCAACACCAAACAGUUGGAGCUGUGGUUUUCCGGCCUCCAGGAGGAUGCAGGCCUGCUGUCCCUCUUGUAUCUGCCCACCGGAUUCUUCUCCCUGGCGCGCGGCAGCUGCCCAUCCCUGGCUACCGAGCUGCUGCUUCUGCUGCAGCCGCUGUCUGUGCUCUCCUUCCACCUGGACCUGCUCUUCGAGCACCACCACCACCUGCCCCUGGGCCUGCAGCAGGCUCCCGCCCCUUCGGGCCCCCCUCCUGCCCUGCAGCAGACUAUGCAAGCUGUGCUGCACUGGGGGGGACGCUUGGCUCAGAGUCUCCGACGGACUUCAGGGGAGGCCACUGCAGACUCUUCAAGCCCCUCCACACGCCCUCCGCCAGGCAGCUGGUGGGAUCAGCUGACCCAGGCUUCCCGGGUCUACGCCUCUGGAGGCACUGAGGGCUUGCCUCUUCUCCGGUGGGGACCCAGGCAACACGGAACUACAGCUGAGGGUGCACAGGAGGCACCUCCACCCACGGAGCAAACCACGCCAGGCAGAAGCGUGUGGUUGGGGCGGCUAUUUGGUGUGCCCGGGUGCCCCUCAGAAACUGAGAGUGGAGCCUUCAAGUCUAGGAGACCGUCCAGCUGGUUGCCCCCAACAGUAAGCGUGCUGGCCCUGGUGAAGCGGGGGACACCUUCUGAGACUCGUCCUGAGGAGCUCGUGGACUCGCCAGCCAGCAUGGUGCCGGGUGACAGGGCAGUCCGGGCUCUGUGUGACCACACUGCUGCAGGACCUGGCCAGCUGAGUUUCCAGCGUGGGGAAGUGCUUCGUGUCAUUGCCACUGUGGAUGAGGACUGGCUCUGCUGUGGGCGGGAUGGUGUGGAGGGGCUGGUGCCUGUGGGGUACACCUCCCUGGUUCUGUAGCUUUGGGCCUCUUUCCUUUUACUAGGUCCUGAAUACUGUUCAUAGCAACUGAUGGUCCCAAAAGCAUUUUUCCUUCUGCAAAUCCACAUUUCUUCCCAUAUCUAUUUCUGUGGACAGUUAAAAUAAACUUUCCUUCCUCCCCCAACACCCACCUGUGAGGUGAAAUCUGCUCUUGCAAAUAUGUAAAAGGGACUUCCUGUCCACAGGAUUCCUCUUCUCCACUGCACACGAGAACAGUGUCCUUCCUAUCUGCCAGUCAGUAGCUCCCACCUCAGACCUUCAUCCAAGUGGACUGUGUACACAUGCUUUUGCCCCCAAUCCUGCAGGACCUGUGGUCACCUCACUCUGUCUCUAGCCCUUGUUGCCUGUAUUUAAGAUUGUACUCCUGCUGUGCUAAGUGCUGGACGGAAGCCUGGACACCCCUGGUGGGUGGGCCUGUGGUGUUGGUCUGCCUCUUUCCUUCUCUGACCCAAUAAAAUGUGGGAGUUGAACA